AUUCGUUUUCACAAAGAAGCAUGCAAAUCCAAUUUGCUAUAUUGCACCUUCUAAAAAAACGGUUGGACUUCUAAAGGCUAAAUGUUCAACCAACCUAGUCCCCCCUUCAUUUAUUUUCUUCUUUUUCGUUUCCUUUUCACAAAAUUCAUAUACAGCAAUGUUGGCAUAGCGCAUUGCAUUACGAUCGCUGCGAGUGAGUGGAAGAAGGAAAAAGAAAGAGAAAUAAAAUUCAGAGGCUCACACCAAAAACGAUACUCUCAGAUCCAAAUAUUUUUUCACUCUCAGAUCGAAAUCCAAUUAAACUGGUUCCGCUUGACCUUCUGAUCAUGAAUGCAUUCUCUUCUCCCACGCGUCUGAGGGACAUGAUUCGGGCCAUACGUGCUUGCAAGACUGCAGCAGAAGAACGUGCUGUUGUUAGAAAAGAAUGUGCUGCCAUUCGUACUUCUAUAAAUGGCAAUGAGCAACACUAUACGCAUCGGAAUCUGGCCAAGCUAAUGUUCAUCCACAUGCUUGGCUACCCCACUUAUUUUGGUCAAAUGGAGUGCCUCAAGUUGAUAGCAUCUCCUGGAUUUCCGGAGAAGAGAAUGGGUUACCUUGGUCUUAUGUUGCUUCUUGAUGAAAAACAAGAAGUUCUAAUGUUGGUCACCAAUUCUUUGAAACAAGAUCUUAAUCACACAAAUCAAUAUAUUGUGGGACUUGCUCUUUGUGCUCUAGGAAAUAUUUGUUCAGCCGAAAUGGCUCGUGAUCUUGCCGAAGAGGUUGAGAGAUUAAUGGAUUUCCGAGAUCCUAAUAUACGGAAGAAGGCAGCAUUGUGCUCUGCAAGAAUCAUAAAGAAAGUUCCAGACUUGGCCGAAAAUUUUGUUGGUCCUGCUACUGGCUUACUAAGGGAGAAACAUCAUGGAGUUUUGAUCACUGGGGUUCAGCUUUGUACAGAUUUGUGCAAAAUUAGUUCAGAAGCUCUUGAACAUGUUAGAAAGAAAUGCACGGAUGGUUUGGUCAGAGUUCUAAAGGAUUUAGCAAAUAAUCCUUAUUCACCAGAGUAUGAUGUUGCUGGUUUCACGGACCCUUUUCUGCAUAUCAGAUUGCUUAGACUGUUGCGUGUAUUGGGUGAAGGUGAUUCGGAUGCUAGUGAUUCUAUGAAUGACAUACUUGCCCAGGUGGCUACUAAGAUCGAGUCAAAUAAAACCAUUGGCAAUGCCAUCUUAUAUGAGUGCGUUCAAACAAUAAUGAGCAUUCAAGAUAGUGGUGGCUUACGGGUUCUUGCCAUCAAUAUUCUAGGAAAGUUCUUGUCGCACCGAGACAACAAUAUCAGAUACGUGGGAUUAAACAUGUUGAUGAAGGUUGUCACUGCGGAUGUUCAGGCAGUGCAGAGGCAUCGAGCAACAAUUCUGGAAUGUAUAAAGGAUUCUGAUGUUUCAAUUCGGAGAAGAGCCCUUGAACUUGUUUGUAUUCUGGUGAAUGAAACUAAUGUGAAGGCCUUAACAAAGGAGCUAGUAGACUAUCUGGAAGUCAGUGAUCCAGAUUUCAGGGUAGACCUUACUGAAAAAAUUUGUUCAAUAGUUUCAAAGUAUUCCUCAGAGAAGAUCUGGUACAUUGAUCAGAUGCUCAAGGUUCUGUCUGAGGCUGGGAACUAUGUGAAAGAUGAAGUAUGGCAUGCCUUAAUUGUUGUGAUAAGUAAUGCUUCUGAACUUCAUGGAUAUACAGUAAGAGCAUUAUACAAGGCAUUUCAGAGGUCAGCUGAACAGGAAACUCUUGUUCGCGUUGCAGUGUGGUGCAUUGGAGAGUAUGGUGAAUUCUUAAUCAACAAUGAUGGAAUGCUUGAUGUAGAAGAUCCCAUGAGGGUGACUGAGUCAGAUGUUGUGCAUGUUGUAGAGAUUGCUUUAAAACGGCACUCAUUGGAUAUUACCACAAAAGCAAUGACUUUGGUUGCCCUAUUGAAGCUAUCUUCACGGUUUCCUUCCUUUUCAGAGAGAAUCAGGGAAAUAGUCGUUCAGUACAAAGGGAACUUUGUGUUAGAAUUGCAGCAAAGAUCCAUAGAAUUCAAUUUGAUUAUGGCAAAGCAUCAAAAUAUUAGGCCUACACUUGUAGAGAGGAUGCCAGUUCUGGAUGAGGCUACUUUCAUUGCUAGGAGGGCUGGAUCUUUGCCAGAUGCAGCUUCAACACCUACAAAUGGAGUAGCCAAAGCUGUGGCUCCUAUUGUAGAUCUCCUUGAUAUAAAUUCAGAUGAUGCUCCUAUACCAAGCUCUUCAGGUGGUGAUCUUCUUCAUGACCUUCUUGGUGUCAAUAUUUCAUUGGCAGCUCAGCAGUCUGAUGCUGCUCAGCGCUCAGAAAAUGGCACAGAUGUUCUUUUGGAUCUGUUGUCAAUCGGAUCGCCUUCUGCACCAAAUGAAUUACCUGCACAAGGCAACUCAUCUACAAUAGACAUAUUGUCCCCCAAACCAAGUAAGAAGGCACCACUUUCACCAUUAGAUGAUCUGGCAUCGCUUUCACCUUCUUUUAGAACAACUUUAAAUGCUGGAGCUGCUCCUUUAGUGGAAUCAUUAGAUGGUUUUGUCCCCAGCCCACCAACAGAAGAAAACAAUGAACUGGUUUAUCCAUCUAUAACUGCAUUUGAGAGUACCUCCUUGAGGUUGGUGUUCAAUUUCUCAAAACAGCCAGGGAACUUACAAACUACAAACAUUCGGGCUACCUUUACAAAUUUGACCUCAAAUGUAUAUACAGAUUUUGUUUUUCAGGCUGCAGUUCCAAAGUAUACUCUGUUGUCUGCAGUUUGCUCCGCUGUCUGCGUUGUCGCCACUGUCCGCGUCGUGCCGCUGUCCGCCGUCGCCGUAGUGUGUUUUGAACACCAUAAUCACCUUGAACAAGAUAUUUCUAUGGUCCCGAAUGAAGAAAAAUCUCAUUGGCAAAAAUUAGACUUUCAAUUAUGUGCUGUUUUGUGGCAAUCGGUUGAGCAAGAGGUUCUAGAUAUCUUGAGACCCUAUAAGACAUGCUCCUCCUUUUGGAAAAGGGUCCAAGAUAUUUUUGCUAAUGAUGUCUUGACUCAGGUGCCUCAGAUCAUAUCUCUGGAACAUGGUACGGGGCGUCUGAUUGGAGAAGGACACGAGUCACUGAUAGAAUCAACCCCUGGCACUUCCCUUGGCAACGCACCUUGUGCCCAUCCCCUACUUCCACCAUAUAUGGCAAGGUGGGUUGCUGUUGCAGCCCACAUUUGUGUCCUCCCCUUCUUCCGUUGGCAAGGGUAUAAGGUCCUUUCCACCUUCCAAAUCUUUGAUAUCCUCAUCAGAAAUCAGCAGCAUAUGAAGCUGUUUGUUCCUACAGGAAUUGUUCAAUUUAACAUAUUCAUAUUAUCUCUGACAUUUACUUUUGCAUUUUUAGAUGCUGCUCAGCGCUCAGAAAAUGGCACAGAUGUUCUUUUGGAUCUGUUGUCAAUCGGAUCGCCUUCUGCACCAAAUGAAUUACCUGCACAAGGCAACUCAUCUACAAUAGACAUAUUGUCCCCCAAACCAAGUAAGAAGGCACCACUUUCACCAUUAGAUGAUCUGGCAUCGCUUUCACCUUCUUUUAGAACAACUUUAAAUGCUGGAGCUGCUCCUUUAGUGGAAUCAUUAGAUGGUUUUGUCCCCAGCCCACCAACAGAAGAAAACAAUGAACUGGUUUAUCCAUCUAUAACUGCAUUUGAGAGUACCUCCUUGAGGUUGGUGUUCAAUUUCUCAAAACAGCCAGGGAACUUACAAACUACAAACAUUCGGGCUACCUUUACAAAUUUGACCUCAAAUGUAUAUACAGAUUUUGUUUUUCAGGCUGCAGUUCCAAAGUUUCUUCAGUUGCACUUAAAUCCGGCUAGCGGCAAUAUCCUCACUGCUAGUGGAAAGGAGUCCAUCACGCAAAAUAUGAGACUUACUAAUUCUCAACAUGGAAAGAAGUCUCUUGUCAUGCGCAUAAAGGUAUCGUACAAGAUAAAUGGCAAAGAGACACUGGAAGAAGGACAAAUCAAUAACUUUCCUCGUGAGUUAUGAGGACAUAUGGUCAGAGGUCAUUCUUGCUGUGCACAAAGCCUUCUAUAUUUUCCGCACUUUAGUCUUUUGAGGAAUUUUCAUGAUCUAUUCUUUCAUGCAAUUAAUCGGGAUCACUUUUUGGGAUCAAGUUGUGGUCUGUUUGGUGGCUUCACAUCUUUCAUUAGUACAGAUUAUUCCUGUAUGAAAAAGUCAAAAUCUUUUUUUUUCGUUUCGAGGCAAAUAUCUGCAUCAUAUUGAAUUCUUUAGGUGCUAACUAUUUUCUUUGAAGGUGGUUCGAUCAAUGCGUCUCAGGCUAUAAGUGUUGCAUGUAGUUUAAUAUCUAAUACGGAUUUAAGAUACUAGUCAUAUUUUUUUAUCUAUCUAUUGUAAUGUAUGUAAAAGAUCAGACAAGGGUUGUAAUGUUGAUAUCUAGCAUAGAAGUCAGUGUGAAUUAUGCUGUUGACAUCUCAAUUAUUAAUUUAGAUUAUUUUAAUGCUCCA